AUGUUGUCGUUUCGUGCCGGAUGUGCGGCAGUUCUACUGUUCGCUUGUACGCAAAGCCUGGCUUCCGCGUCAUUGAAAGACGAUGGCAAUAAUACUAUGGAUAUUAUGGAAUUUAUCGAACAGUUUGGCACGCCCUUAAAAACUCGGUGGAUGGCAAUGAUACCUUCGAUUGUAAAUUCGUCUGAUACUUCUUGCAAGGACGAGUUCACGGCAAUGAUACAGGCAUUCCAAUCCAGAGAGGAAUGGGCGUUCGAAAUAUUGGAUGCUUCGUCGAAAAUUCAGUCAGGAGUCAUGAUGGGAAAUAUCAGGGAUCUCGGGAUGUACGACGAGUGCCUUCAAGCCAGCGGCCAUUACGAUAAUAUCAGUGUUCGUGGGAAUGAGUUCCAAAUUGAAGAGCUUGUAAAGUCCUUCCUCGGAAACACGUCUGAAAACAGUUACGUCGGAAUUGAAAUUGAGGGGAUCAAUUGCGUACAACCAACAUCCGAAGAUUUCACAACCGGAGAGAUUUUGACGAUAAUUUUGCUCACUGCAAUAGCCCAGUUCAUGAUCUUCUGUACUAUCUGUGAUUUCUUGAAACGACGAGGGUAUGCAGGCUCGUCUACUCUGAUCGACACCUUAUCGAAAUUCUCACUGUACAUCAACGGGCGGGCUUUAUUGAGUACCGAAGUAAAGCCCCAGAUGAUGCCCGGCAUCUCGGGUAUACGAUUUUUGGGCAUGUGUUGGAUCGUCCUAGGUCAUCGUUACGUUAGUACAUUACUCAGUCCAACAAUAAACAUCAAGGACAUAUUUGUAUGGAUGGAUUCGUGGUCCUCUGUGCACAUUCAAAUUGCGGUUUUUGUCGUCGACACAUUCUUCGUGAUUAGCGGAUUUUUGUUGGCUUACACAUUUUUGAAGUCCAUGAAAUCGGGAAAGAAAUUCAAUCUGGCUAUGAUGUAUUUUCACCGUUUUGUAAGAUUAACGCCAAGUGUAAUGGUGCUCGCAUUGUUUUGCGCAUUUCUGCUACAUCGUAUUGCGGACGGUCCGAUAUGGAACAUGACGAACUACCUGGUGAUAACGCCUUGCCAACGGAAUUGGUGGCUUAAUUUACUCUACGUCCAGAACUUCGUAGACAAGGAAAAUAUCUGCUUGCUACACACUUGGUACCUGGCGGUUGACAUGCAACUCUUUUGGAUAUCCCCAGUUAUUGUGUAUCCAUUGUAUCGCUGGCCGAAAGUUGGACUGGGAAUACUGGGCAGCUUUCUCGUCAUCUCAAUAGUUACGCCAGCUGUGAUUUUAGGUGUCAAUCGUUAUUCCAACGGAGUUCUGGAGUUCACCGAAAGCGUAAUAACGAUGGACUACUUCUACAACUACUACAUACUCACUUAUAAUCGAGCCUGCGCCUACUUCGUAGGAAUUAUGUUGGGCUACGAUGUGGUGACUAAAAAGCGGAAGCUCACUAAGGUGGUAUCGUCAUAG